AAAAAACAGAGGAACAUAAGAACAGAAAUGGGGUCAAAUUUUCAUGCUUUUAUGUUCCCAUGGUUCGGUUUUGGUCACAUGACUGCAUUUUUGCAUCUGGCUAACAAACUAGCUGAGAAAGGUCACAAAAUUACUUUCUUGCUUCCCAAGAAAGCUCUGAAGCAACUUGAACCUCUCAAUCUCUUCCCACACUGCAUUGUCUUUCAGACUCUUACCAUCCCUUCUGUGGAUGGCCUCCCUGCUGGCGCCGAGACAACCUCGGAUAUCCCGAUCUCGUUAGGGAGUUUUCUCGCCUCGGCUAUGGACGGGACACGAAAUCAGGUCGAAGGAGCGGUUUCAUUACGUAAACCGGAUCUGAUUUUCUUUGAUUUUGCUCACUGGAUUCCGGAAAUAGCUAGAGAGUAUGGAGCCAAGAGUGUGAAUUUCAUAACGAUUUCUGCAGCAUGUGUAGCUAUCUCGUUUGUCCCUGGUCGUAGUCCUGAUGAUUUGGGUGAUCCUCCACCGGGAUAUCCUUCGUCCAAGGUGUUGCUUCAGGGAAAAGAAACCAACAGUUUGUCGUUCCUCUCCUAUCCGUUUGGAGAUGGAACUACGUUUUACGAACGGAUCAUGAUAGGACUAAAAAACUGUGAUGUCAUUUCGAUAAGGACUUGUCAAGAAAUGGAAGGAAAAUUCUGCGAAUUCAUCGAAAGCCAAUUUCAAAGAAAAGUACUCUUGACGGGUCCAAUGCUUCCUGAGCCAGACAGUAUACCGCUUGACGAUCAAUGGCGUCAGUGGCUUAGCAAGUUCGAACCGGGAUCUGUAAUAUAUUGUGCAUUGGGCAGCCAAAUCAUUCUUGAAAAGGAUCAAUUCCAAGAACUCUGUUUAGGAAUGGAGCUGACUGGUUUACCAUUUCUUGUCGCGGUAAAGCCACCAAAAGGUUCAUCCACAAUCCAAGAAGCCUUACCGAAAGGGUUCGAAGAGCGGGUUAAGGGGCGUGGAGUGGUUUGGGGAGGAUGGGUGCAGCAACCAUUGAUAUUAGCUCAUCCAUCAAUAGGCUGCUUUGUGAGCCACUGCGGUUUCGGGUCAAUGUGGGAGGCUCUAGUGAAUGGCUGCCAAAUAGUGUUUAUUCCACAUUUAGGUGAGCAAAUAUUGAACACAAGACUAAUGAGCGAGGAACUCGAGGUCUCGAUAGAGGUGAAAAGAGAGGAAACAGGAUGGUUUUCCAAGGAGAGCUUGAGCGGCGCGGUCAGGUCUGUGAUGGACAAAGAUAGCGAGCUAGCUUUCUUGGAAGGCUUGAAAUCUUUUGGUUUUUCAACUUCCAUUUCGAUAACUUGGAAGAGGAAAGGUAGAAAGAAACAGAAAAUGGAGCCAAAGUUUCAUGCUUUUAUGUUCCCUUGGUUCGCUUUUGGUCAUAUGAUUCCCUUUCUGCAUCUUGCAAACAAACUAGCUGAGAAAGGUCAUAGGGUUACUUUCUUGCUGCCUAAGAAAGUUCAUAAGCAACUUGAACAUCUCAAUCAGUUCCCAGACAACAUCGUCUUUCACGCUCUUACUAUCUCUCCUGUCGAUGGCCUCCCAGUUGGCGCUGAGACAGCAUCAGAUAUCCCGGUUUCGUUAUCAAGUUCACUGGCCUCGGCUAUGGAUUGGACACGCGAUCAGGUCGAAGAUGCGGUUCGUGUUGCGAAACCGGAUCUGAUUUUCUUCGAUUUUGCUGAGUGGGUUACUGAAAUAGCUAAAAAGUAUGGAGCCAAAAGUGUGUAUUUCAUAACGUUUUCUGCGGCAUCUGCAUCGAGGUCAAUGGUCCCUGGUCUUCGGCCAGAUAACUUAGCUGCUACUCUACCAGAAUAUCCUUCAUCCAAGGUGUUGCUUCGCGGACAAGAAACUAAUGCCUUUUCAUUCAUAUUUUAUCCGUUCGGAGAGGGAACUACUCUUUACGAACGUAUCGCCAAGGGACUUACAAACUGUGAUGUCAUUUCGAUAAGGACAUGCCUAGAAGUGGAAGAGAAAUUUUGCGAUUUCUUGGAACGCCAAUUUCAGAGAAAAGUUCUCUUGACGGGUCCAGUCCUCCCUGAGCCGGACAAGAUCAUACCACUAGAAGAUCGAUGGAAUCUUUGGCUGAACCGGUUUGAACCCGGCUCAGUGGUGUUUUGUGCUCUAGGAAGCCAAAUCAUUUUGGAGAAGAAUCAAUUUCAAGAACUCUGCCUAGGGAUGGAGCUGACAGGUUUACCAUUUCUUGUAGCGGUAAAGCCACCAAGAGGAUCAUCAACAGUCCAAGAAGGGCUACCAGAAGGGUUUGAGGAGCGGGUGAAGGGGCGUGGAGUGGUAUGGGGAGGAUGGGUGCAGCAACCGUUGAUACUAGCUCACCCAUCGGUAGGCUGCUUUGUGAACCAUUGCGGGUUUGGAUCAAUGUGGGAGUCUCUGUUGAGUGAUUGCCAAAUAGUAUUGCUACCAUAUUUGCCUGAUCAAAUCCUCAACACCAGAUUGAUGACUGAGGAACUAGAGGUCUCAGUGGAAGUGGAAAGAGAAGAAACAGGAUGGUUCUCGAAAGAGAGAUUGAGCGUUGCGGUCAGGUCCGUGAUGGCCAAAGACAGCGAGCUCGGGAACCAGAUCAUCAAACAAAGAUCCUUUGAAACAAUGGAAAUGCCAAAGUUGAAGACUGUCCAAGAGCUGCUUGCAGCCGGAGAAAAACUACCGGAAAGAUACCUCUGCACACCAACCGGCGACGGAGAAGCUGAUCAACCUUUCAACGUUUCAAUGCCGGAGAUGGAAAUUAAGGUCAUCGAUCUUAGUCUUCUCCUCUCUUCUUCUGAUGACGGUCGAGAAGAGUUGAGUAAACUUCACUCAGCGAUCUCUACAUGGGGCGUUGUUCAGGUGAUGAAUCAUGGAAUUUCAGAAGCCUUUCUCGACAAGAUUCUCGAGCUAACGAGGCAGUUCUUUGUGCUUCCGACCGAAGAGAAACAGAAGUACGCAAGAGAGACUAGUAGUUUUCAAGGAUUUGGAAACGACAUGAUUCUGUCUGAUGAUCAAGUUCUUGAUUGGGUCGACCGCUUGUACCUCAUUACUUAUCCUGAAGAUCAACGACAGCUUAAAUUCUGGCCAAAAAUCCCAAGCGGAUUCAGGGAAACUUUACUUGAAUACACAAUGAAGCAACAGCUAGUGGUUGAGAAAUUCUUCAAGGCAUUAGCUAGAUCGUUGGGGUUGGAAGAUAAUUGCUUUCUAGAGAUGCAUGGUGAAAAUGCUACGUUGGAGACAAGAUUCAACAUGUAUCCUCCAUGUCCGAGGCCGGACAAGGUUCUUGGGUUUAAACCGCAUUCUGAUGGCUCGGCCUUUACAAUGAUCCUACCCGACAAAAAUGUGGAUGGACUUCAGUUCCUCAAAGAUGGCAAGUGGUAUAAAGCUUCAAUCCUCCCUCAUACAAUUCUGAUCAAUGUAGGAGAUACUAUGGAGGUAAUGAGCAAUGGAAUAUACAAGAGCCCGGUUCAUAGAGUGGUGCUUAACAACGAAAAGGCAAGGAUAUCUGUGGUAACGUUUUGUGAUGCUGAUGAAGACAAAGAGAUUCAACCUGUAAAUGAGCUUGUGUCUGAGGCUAGACCAAGGUUGUACAAAGCAGUUAAGAAGUCUGAGAAGAACUUCUUCGAUUACUAUCAACAAGGUCGAAGACCGAUCGAAACUGCAUUUCUCUGAAUGAAAAAACAUCCACUCUCCUCCUGGUUUUAAAAAAUGUAUCUGUUUCUUUAGUUACUUGAUCUUUGAAAAGAAGACAGUUUUGCUUUCUUUGUUGGAACGUGAGAUUGCAUGUGUGUUUGUGUUGUAAUAAUACCAUGACUUCAUG